CCGCCCAGCUCGCCGGAGCUCGCCUGCUGCGCACCAGCCAGCCUAACGGAGGGAGGCGAGACCAGCGUUACUGCGGUCGGCUGCACUGAGUCCCGGCCUCCAAAGUUGCCCCUUUGCUGCUGACGUCCCUAACACAGGCAUAUCAUUUAAUUUCUUUCUGAUACUCUUAAGGAAACGGAAUAACUUUCAAGCUGGCGGAAGCAAUGGUUCACAUAAAGAAAGGCGAGCUGAUUCCGGAGGAGAAGGAGCUGCUGGAAGUCAUCGGGAAAGGUACUGUCCAAGAAGCAGGAGCUCUGUUAGCCAACAAGGAUGUCCGUGUCAACUGUUUAGAUGAGAAUGGAAUGACUCCUCUAAUGCAUGCUGCAUAUAAAGGAAAGCUUGAUAUGUGUAAAUUACUCCUGAGACAUGGAGCUGAUGUAAAUUGUCAUCAACAUGAACAUGGAUAUACAGCCCUCAUGUUUGCUGCACUUUCUGGUAAUAAAGACAUCACCUGGGCAAUGUUGGAGGCUGGCGCCGAGACAGAUGUUGUCAACUCUGUGGGAAGAACAGCCGCUCAGAUGGCAGCAUUUGUAGGUCAGCAUGAUUGUGUGACUAUAAUCAACAAUUUCUUUCCACGAGAGAAACUGGAUUACUACACUAAACCCCAGGGACUGGAUAAAGAACCAAAACUGCCUCCCAAAUUGGCAGGCCCACUGCACAAAAUUAUCACCACCACAAACCUUCAUCCUGUCAAGAUUGUGAUGCUUGUAAAUGAGAACCCUCUGCUGGCAGAAGAAGUGGCCCUGAAUAAAUGCUACAAGGUGAUGGAUUUGAUUUGUGAGAAAUGUAUGAAGCAAAGAGAUAUGAAUGAAGUAUUGGCUAUGAAAAUGCACUACAUUAGCUGUAUCUUUCAGAAAUGCAUUAACUUCUUAAAAGAUGGAGAGAAUAAAUUAGACACUCUGAUCAAAAGCUUGUUAAAAGGCCGAGCUACUGAUGGCUUCCCAACAUAUCAAGAAAAGCUCAUUAGAGAGAGUAUCCGAAAAUUCCCUUACUGUGAAGCUACACUCCUCCAGCAACUGGUGCGAAGCAUCGCUCCUGUGGAAAUUGGUUCAGAUCCCACUGCCUUCUCCGUACUGAACCAGGCCAUCACUGGUCAGGUGGGUUUUGUGGAUGUUGAAUUUUGCACAACCUGUGGAGAAAAAGGAGCAAGUAAGAGAUGUUCAGUGUGCAAAAUGGUAAUAUAUUGUGAUCAGAACUGCCAGAAAACACAUUGGUUUACACAUAAAAAAUUCUGUAAGAAUCUGAAGGACAUUUAUGAAAAGCAACAAUUAGAAGCUGCCAAGGAAAAGAAGAGUCAAGAGGAGAAUGAUGGAAAACCUAAUGUCAAUUCUAAUUGCAUUAAUGAAGAGCAAUCAAAUGCUGAAGCUUGUUCAUCUCAAGAGGAUUCCAAUACUAACGAUUCUGCAGCAGGGGAGAACAAUUCUCUGCAGAGUGAUGCAAGGUUGGAAGGUGGACACGAUGGCCCUGCAGAUCCACAGGCGUCAGAGGAGUGA